UUUCUUGUCAACAUGAUGGCCUCCUGAAAAUAAUUGAGACCCGUCCAUCACUUAUUUAUGAACUACUUUUCAGUGUCUUCUAUCGAUGAUAAGUGAGCUACUUUUUCUUUAGAGAUCGCCAUCUCAUUGGCACUAACUUGUAUAGCACACAGUUUCCCUUCCCAAUGCACUCGUAAUGCAUAGAUAGUCCCUCCUAAUCAUUUUGUGUUCGUUUUUUUGUCAUGAUUCAGAUCGAAUUUCCGACAUCAGAGACACGUAUGCUGUUAAUCAGGUGCUGAAGAAAAAAUCAAUCCUCUCCACUUGAAGGUAGGUGAUGCACACAGAUUUCUUCUUACCUUGCAAGCACCGUUGGAUGAAGAGAGUAGGCAUGAUCAUGGACAAACGCAUGCCGUCUUGCCUCGAUCUUGCAGGAGAGGAGGACAUUGUUUAUUUGCGUAGGGCUGUCGGGGGAUAAUUCGAUCGAGUAGGAGUUGUUACGUGGAAGAGGAGCUAGCAGCUGGGCGAUCGUUUGGCUAGGUGACGAGGAAGAAAUUGAUACGGCCGGCCGUUGUACGGGAGCACGGCCAGAGAUGGAGUUCGAUACGGUCUGCACCCAAAUCAGAAGGUUUGGCCACCCUUAACAAUAUCCUCAUCGGAUAUAACUUGGGGAAGGCGAAGGCGUACCCCCUACUAUAUAAGCUCCGCCACCCACGCCCCAAACAAAUCAUAACCAACCUUCCUCAAGUCGUUUGUUCCCCCGAGCAAUCGAGUUGUGUUCCCGGCGAUCGAUCGAUCCAUCUUGCUGAGCAUCAUGGUUUCCGCCGACGUGGCUCGCAACAUCGUCGGCAUCAUUGGCAAUGUCAUCUCCUUUGGGCUCUUCCUCUCCCCUGUGCCGACGUUCUGGCGUAUCUGCAAGGCCAAGGACGUGCAGGAGUUCAAGCCGGACCCCUACCUGGCGACGCUCAUGAACUGCCUGCUCUGGUUCUUCUACGGGCUCCCUAUCGUCCACCCCAACAGCACCCUCGUCCUCACCAUCAACGGCAUCGGCCUCGUCAUCGAGGGCGCCUACAUCAUCAUCUUCAUCAUCUACGCGGCCAAGAACACAAGGUGGAAGAUGCUCGGCGUGCUCGCCAUCCAGGCAGCGUUCAUGGCUGCCGUGGUGGCCGGUGUGCUCGUCGGCGCCCACACCCAUGAGAAGCGCUCCAUGAUCGUAGGCAUCCUCUGCGUCAUCUUCGGCUCCAUCAUGUACGCCUCCCCGCUCACCAUCAUGGGUAAAGUGAUCAGGACCAAGAGUGUGGAGUACAUGCCAUUCUUCCUGUCACUGGUAAACUUCCUCAACGGUCUCUGCUGGACGGGCUAUGCGCUAAUCAAGUUUGACAUCUACAUCACGAUCCCCAAUGCCCUCGGUACAAUCUUCGGCCUCAUCCAGCUGAUCCUUUACGGGUACUACUACAGAUCUACCCCCAAGAAGGGCAAGAAUGUCGAGCUGCCCACCGUCCUCACCAAAAACGCCGUUACCAGCGGCAACGUCUCCGUCACCAUAGAGAAAUAAGCUUUGCUUCCUUUUUAGCCCUAAAGAUUUUGAGUAGUUAAUACCGGAUGAUACUUCAACAAGUCUGAUGUUAAUUAGUUGUACUUUUUGUUAGCUAGUAGAGUCUGAGAUUGCCUUUAAUUUUGUGAACCAUUGUCGUCUGUCCGAGACUACAGUGCAAACUGCAAGUGUAUAUAAAUAUCAAUGCAGCUGAGUUAUCCCAGAGAUAUAUUAUGAAAACCA